UGACUGGGGCUGGGAGUCUGGGUGGGUUGUCUGUCAGUUUGUGUUGUGAAGUGAAAAUUUACGUUUGCUCAGCGUCAAUUGAUGUAUGAAUCCGAUAAUUUUAUGUCUUGCUCAUACUGAGCUCAUAAUUGGAGUGCUGUGAUUUGUGUAUUGUGUUCACGAUAAAGUGUAAAUGUGAUUCCGGUGCUCUUGAACCAGAGCACAGGAGGCAGCGUAGGCUUCCGCAAACAACGUUCGGAUAAGGAACUUAUGUGGAUUUUCACAACCCUCAAAGGAGUUUGACCAUGGCGACCACGCGGCUGCGACUGGGAGAGGCCCCGGCGAGCGGGACUUCGCGAACAUGAUCCAUGCGUGAGGCCAUGGCAACCCAGGUCCAGCAACCCAACCAAGAUGUCCGCUCGACCAUCUUAGCAGCAAGUCGCUCGCAGGCUUACGUCUGCGAGAGGGAGCUUGUCUCCAGUAGCGCCUCCAGCCAAAAUGUCUUCCGACGACAUCGUGCGAUCCGAAUCCGGACACCACGUUCGAGCACCUCGAUAUCUGUCCUGAGGUCUACGUUUGAAGCGCCAGCCUCCAGUAGUCCUCCAGUAGUUGUUCAUGUCCUGGACAAGCGGCGCCCCCCGCCCUUUCCUCCAAAGGAGAAACAACCUGCAGCAAGCAUGGAUGACAAACGUGCCAAUAGCCGACUUGGCGGCUCUAAAGUGUCCCAAAUUGCCAACAUUUUUCAAGGCGUAGGGUCGGUGAAAAGUGUCGAUUCAGAUAUACUAGUUGCCCCAGCGCGCUUUCACGGUGGCAAAGGCCCUCCACCUCCCGAGCAGCGUGCUCCAACAUCUCCCAAGAAUGACAGCAAAGAUAAGGAGACAAGCAACAAGGAUUCCAGAGAAACACUCAAAGAAGGAUCCGGGGUGACAGUCGUCCGCACGGAGAGUCACCUCGCUCGAUUCAACAAUGCCCGUGCACUGUUCGAAAAAUUAGGCCACGACGACCGACCCGGCAAGCAGUCCAAAGCCAACAACAACAAUAACAACAACUCGACGACGACGACGCGCUCGUCGUCCGUCGAGUCCACGGGCAGCGACUCCCCCUCGCGCAGGGCCAGCCAUGGGCACCAGCGGUCCAGGUCGCCGUCCCCGGUGCCGCAGCAGCGCUCCAAGAGCGACUCGAGGAUCAUCGACGGGCCUGCGCGCAACGGGCCGUACACCAACGGGCACUCCCCCAAGACCAACGGCAGCCUGCACUACCACGACGACGACUCGCACGUGUCUGCGCGGGUGGUCAACUCCACCGUGACCCCGCCCAAGCAGGAGGCGGCGCAGGAGCCUCCCGCCGUCCCGCGGCACCGCUCGCCGCGCCCGGCCUCGGCCUCCGAGGCGCAGCCGCACGCGCGGCCCACCAACGGCGUCGACAAGCAGCAGGGCCGGCAGCGCGCCGCCGAGGACGGCGACCAGCCGGCGCUGCCCGCGCACCCAGCACCCGCAGCUAGGAGGCCAGAGAAGCCCGAGAAACCGGAGCGCAAGUUCAACAGCCGAGAGCUCAUCGAGAAGCAGAAGAACUGGACGUCGCACUUCUCCAAGGCUCGGCCCUCGCCGCGCUUCAACAGCGAUCCCAACCGCUCCGAGGUGCGAGUCAGCCUCAACAAGGCCGACUCGGUGCCCGUGAAGGAGUCGUCUCCCCCUGCCUGCGCACCCGCCACCCGGAGUGCCUCGUUCACCGGGACGCGGCCCGGGGUCCGCUCCCCGCCCGCGUCGCCGCCCUCCCCACCGGUCAAGCCUACCAGCCGCACCCCGAGCUCGGCCUCCAGCACGGCCUCCAGCGGGGCCUCCAGCACUGGCGGGCCCCCGGUGCCGCCCGCCCGCACCACCUCGGCCGCGGCCUGCGCCGUGGACCGCGUCGGCGAGUCGCCAGCCUCUGCGUCUUCCGGGUCGGAGAGGCUGUCCGCCUCGCCCGUCAGCCCCACCUCCCCAGCCAGCUGCGGCAGCUCUUCCAGCCUGCACGAGAAGCAGGAACAGGAGUCGCAGGAGAAGCGGGCGACACCGGCGACCCCCGGCAGCAGAGGCGUCAAGACCCCGGAAAGUUCUCAAAGGCUGACACCGCGUUGUCUAGAAAAAGAGUUUGAUGGGCAUAAGAAAAAUACAGCUAGACAACAAGUGGACCUUCAGGAUAAAGUUUUAGACCUAGAUCAUGCAGAAAGCACUGAUGACCAAAGUGAUGCACGUAAGAAAAUGGUAUCUUCUGUGCAACUGACUCUUCAGUCUCCAUUGUCUGCAACUGCCCGAUUGUUUCCCUCAAGUGCUUCUGCGCCAAUAUCUUCCCAGUUACCAAAAGUGCACAAAGAGACAGAUUCAAUUUUAGAACAAUCUAAAAAGGGUGAGAAAAUGGAAACCCCCAUCCAGCCACCUUCUGCUUUUAUGUCAAGUGUAGAAACACCUGCACCUGCACCACUGAAUGCAGUUGACGACCAACCUCUUUACUCGGUUCCUAUUAAAAAAGGGCAUUCCAGGCAGAAGCCUGUUUCAUCAGCUGCAGCAGCAUCCACCCUUAUGUCAGAGAGCUUCAAACCUCAAGUUGUUGAUGCUCAAACUAGGUCAAAUUCAGUGGCAAAUGAAAAAAGUGACAGAGACUUUUUCAGCUCAUUCCACCCAUUGCCUGCAGAUUCUAAAGCAAAGCCAACCACUGCUGAGUUUAUUUAUGAGGAAAUUGGGCAGGAGCAACUACAUAAGUCUUCUGAUCAAAGUUUUAAAUCUAUUGAUGAAAAUGGGAUUCCAAAAAGCAAACAAGAUCUGUACAAGUUAAAUGACAGCCACUCAAACCAAGAAAUCCAUGUGAAAGAGGGAAUGAGCAGGCGAGGCUCCUCUGAAGAUAUUAUUGACGAAUUUUCUCCUGGUUCAUUAAAAUCUGAUGUUUCUAGAGGUUUUGAAUCAUCAGAAACUCUUCUCUCAAUUGGUAAUAGUGCAAGUGAAGGAAAUGAUUUUGACCAUAACUGUGAUAGUGGAAUCCAAUUAGAUAAACCUGGUCCUGAUUUGCAAGACAUGAAAUUUGCUGAUGAGGAAGAUGAAUCUGAAAUGAGAGAUUCUGGUGUAUUUCUGAAGCAGGAACCUCCAUCUAUUGAAAAGACAGUGAGUAACAAUGUGAAGCCGUCACCUCCCAAGGGAGUUGUACCUGAGCCCAUGACCGCAGAUGAGGCAGAGAAUCUUCUUAGCACAAGCAUUUGGGAAAAGCGAUUCCGGCAGGAGGCACUGCUGUCAGAUGAAGAAGCUCAAGAAGUUAAAAGAUUACUCACUCCAGCUCAAACACCAGACAUGCUGCAAAAUUCGGAAGCUUCCGAAUGGCAGUCAGAGUCUGUAUCUGCUGAAGUACAUAAUAAAUCAGCUACGAUGGAUGAUUCAGUUGUAUCUAGCCAGUUAUGGUCCCAGUCCGGGUCAGAUGCAAAUCUGGCAGAAUCAGAAUCUAGUAUGAUAGAGACUGAAGAUGGUGAUUCAGUUCACUCUCUCCUAAUGGAUUACCCACCAAAGUCUGCUCAAGAGGUUCUUGUGGAAAAGGGUGUGCAUUACUAUCAAGAUGGUCACUUCUGGAUGGAAGUUCCUGGUCUUCCUGAUUCAGAGGACGAAGAUGAAAUCUACCCCAUUCCUGUAAAGAAAAAUACUAAAGUUACAUUUAGCAGUGGACCUAUCAAGAUGUUCAGUACAUUUUCCAUGACUGAUUAUGAUCGCCGUAAUGAAGAUGUAGAUCCUGUGGCUGCCUCUGCUGAGUAUGAAUUAGAAAAAAGAGUGGAAAAGAUGGAUGUUUUUCCUGUAGAACUUAUUAAAGGCCCAGAGGGUCUUGGUCUCAGCAUUAUUGGAAUGGGAGUAGGCGCUGAUGCUGGACUUGAAAAAUUAGGAAUUUUUGUGAAAACAAUUACUGACCAUGGUGCAGCCUCUAAAGACGGACGAAUUCAGGUUAAUGAUCAAAUUAUUGAGGUGGAUGGCAAAUCUUUGGUUGGAGUGACCCAAGCUUAUGCAGCAUCUGUUUUGAGAAAUACUUGUGGUCUUGUCAAGUUUCUAAUUGGUAGAGAAAGAGAUCCCCAAAAUUCUGAAGUGGCUCAGCUUAUUAGACAGUCUCUCCAGGAACGCGGAUGUGUGUCACAGGCCGAUCGAGAGCGAGACGAUCACAGACGCCAAGCAGAAUUACGAUCUAAUGCAAUGCGUCAUCAGCACCAAGGUUUAGAUUCUGCCACUGCUUCUCCUCCAUCUGAAAGCCAAAGAUCAGAAGACAGUGCAACAGCACCAAUAGGUGGUGCCUCUCCGGUGUCUUCUGAUGGUCCUCCUAGUCCCCCAGGUCAUGGAACUGAUGAAACAACUGCUACAGAAGUUGCAAACUUGAGAGAUAUGCUACAAGAGAGUCAGCAGAGGCUGGCAAUAGCAGACAGUGAAGUUGCACGAUUUAGAGAUCGGUUGAUGGAACUUGAGCAACGAGGAACCAGUGGAACUGAGGAAUAUGUAGAGCGCUUGCGCCGUAUGAGUGCUAGACUUCGGGAAACAGAGCGGUCCCUUAUCUCAUCCAAGAAAGAUGUGUCAGCAUUUCAGGACAUGCUGGAACAGUCCCAGGCUCAACUCUCAGUUGUUGAGAAGAAGUAUAGUAAAGCAAAAAGGCUUGUGCGGGAGUUAGAACAAAGAGAAUCAGAUUUACUGCAACUUCUUCAAGAAAAAGAUACAGAGUACAAUGCCCUUGUGAGAUCACUGAAGGAUCGUGUGAUCCGUUUAGAGCAAGAGCUAAUGGAUACCCAAAGAAGGGCGGGUAUUCCAGUCGUGUUGCCCCAUGACAAGCCAAUUACCCCACAGAUGUCUCGACGUGCGCUUCAAACUUCUGUUCAGCCUCUGUUGCUCCAGUUGGGUGCUGAGCUAUCUGACACUGAAAUCUCAGAUAUUAGCCCUGAUGAUGGAGACAAAACAGCAACAGUUGAGCGGAAGGUGCCCUUAAAGGAAGAACUAGAUCGCGCUGUUCCCCAACAUGAGCUCUUAGAUGUUUCAGCUUCUAAAGCCAAAGGAGAGCUAGGUCAGCGUGGGGGCUUAGCUGGUAGACAAUUACCUUCCCGGGAAAAGGGUGUCAGCACCAGCAGUUCAGAUUAUGGGCUGGAUGAAAGUUGUGAGGAAAGUGAAGAAGAUCAAUUGGGUGCCGGACGUCAAAUGUAUAUCGAGUAUUCUAGCAGAGAAGAUAUUAAUGGGACAUCAGGAAGCCGUGAGGACAUUCUCAUGAUUGACAGUAACAGCAUGAACAGCAGUAUUAGUAGCAACAGUAGCGCUGGUGCUAAUUUAAUUCAUCGCAACGAAACUAAUGCGGCUUUUCAGACGCAUGAAUCUCAUCAAGCCAUUACCAAGUCAACCUCUUUAGUCUCUACCUCUGCGCCAAAAACUAUGCAAACCUUCAGUUCCUCUUCAUCACUUAACAAAAGUGGACUGUAUGCUUCUACAGCACCACAGCAACAUGUUAAUUAUCAAUCAGCAAUAACAACUUCCUCCUCCUCCUCUUCUUCUCUGCAUUCUGCUUACUCCCCAUCAUCUGCUAAUGCCCCCUCUGCUACUGGAAAUCUAUAUUCUUCACACAUGUCAGCUGGUUUGCACUCUCACCCACCGAGCGGACAAUCAACUACUAAUGUAGCUUAUCAGACAGCUCCCCAAAAGGGUGCUGGCCAGAGGGGCCAUGGACCACCGCCUUCCCUUGCUGAACAGUUAAAGCAAGUUUUAGCGGAGCGCGAGCGACGAAUGUCAACUGGUGAACAACCUAAUUCAUCAAGAGAUGGUUCGUCUGAAUAUUUAGAUAGAGAUCCUGCAGCAGCACUUGCAGAGGAAAUUCGACAAGCAGUCAAUGAAGCUAAUGCCAGAGUCAAGAAAGCACCUACUACUCUAUUAACCCCCCAGGCCACGCAAUAUCCAUGGCAGUACCCUAGCUCCCCUUCUUCUGUGUCUGCCUCAUCUCUGAGCAGUCUAAGUGCUGACCCUAGCCCAAGUAAACCAACUCCAGCUGAUUCCACCGAAGAUCUCUUGCAAAGAAGAGGAUCGCAUGUGUGGCAGAAUGUUCCUGUGACAGAGUGGUCAAAAGAACAAGUUUGUCAAUGGCUCCUUGCUCUGAAACUUGAAAGUUGUAUUCCACGUUUCCUUGAGCAAGGCAUUGGAGGUGCAGCUUUGCUUCAGUUAGAAUCAAAAGAUUUCAAAUCUUUUGGUAUAGGAAGUGAAGAUAAAACUCGAUUGAAAAGAAAGAUUAAGGAUUUACGGCUUGCCGCUGAACGAGAAAGGAAAUUAACUGAAAAAGAAAAGAAGGAAAGAGAGAGGCAAGUGCGGAAAGCAGAAAAACUUGCUGAAAAGGCCAGUAAACGCAAGUAAUUCAUAUUUUGACUUGUAUCACAACUCUCCUUUUGUAUCAACCCAAUUCUUGAUCAAAACUGCUAGUUAAUGACAAAUAUUCGUGGCAUUGCUAAUUUUAGUAUUAGAAAAGAAUGCAAUUCAUAUUUUUCAAGUUUGAACAUAGAGUUGUGGUAUGAUAAGAUAAUUAUUAGACUAAUUUUAUAGUCUUCCUCUUAAGUGCCACGGACUCAAAAGUAGGAAGUAAGUGAGAAAAUAUGACUUGCUACCAAGACUGGAAGCAUUGUUUUUAUACAUAUGAUUUGUGGAAUUUUGUACUUGUUCUGCACAACUGUAUUUACCUAGCUUUCAAUGGCACUAAUAUGAGAAAUGCAAUUUGUAUUAUUUUAUUUUUGCCAACAGUUAACCGUUUACCAUGCUGAAUGUCAGUAUAGCAAUCAUUAUUAGUACAACUUAUUUCCAAGAGCUAAAACUCGUGACUAGUAAACAAUAUUUAUUUGUUUCUGCUCUUUUCCAGUGUAGAAUUGCCAGUGAACUACUAUACUUCUGAAUUUAGAGAUAAUUUAAUGUAUUCGUACAAACAAUUUUUAAUGGUUUAACUUUUCCGAACUACGUACUAUUUCUUUACCCUGUAACUCUAUUUGUAGCAGGUCCUAGUAAUUUCUAUGGUAAAUAUGAAACCCGUCAUCCAAACCCACGGAAAGAAUUUGAGGUGAAGUAUAAUACGUACCUAUGUUGAUAGAAGAAUUUUGCCAAUCCAAAUAUUGUAACAUUAAUUUUGGUUGUGCAGUUAAAAUGCUCAUUAUAAUUAUGUAGACUUGUACUGUAAUGUUUUUCUUCUAUUAACCAUUUUAUUUUAAGCACUGUUGUGGGGGGAUUGUUCUAACCUUAUUGUACCAUACAUGAUUGUAAGUUUCUAAAAUCUUGGCAGCAAAUCUUUUUCCGAUACUAUUGUCUUACCUACCUGGAUUAUUUUAAGUCCUGCUUAGCAAUUUUGUUCUAGUCAUGACUGCUUGGUAUUUGGCAUAAAAUGUCAAAUUCAAAUGUGACCAUUAUUUUAAAAUGGUUUUCAGCUGUCUCUAAUCUUAUGAUACUGAAAAUGUCUUGCAAAAUCCCUUCUAACUCUCAUUUUAAAUUGUUAAUCUGUGAUUUGGAUUUCACAAAGUCUUGUUUCUUUUUGAUUCUCUGUUGUACUAUGUGCAAUUUUGUUGGUGCCAGUUACUUCCUCUGCAAGACAUAAUCUAAAUACUGUACUGUGCCUAAACAAAUGUUAUCAGUAUUUUUUACUCCUAUCUUUUGCUAUCUUUCCCCCAUUUCAUUCUGCAGAGGGAAGAAGCAGAAGUAAGACAGUGAACGCAAUGUCCCAAACAAUCUGUCUUUAAGUGCUUGUGUGAGCUUCUGGGUAGGUGCAGCUUUUUUAUAAGUAUAUUUAUUCAUGGUGUCUAUAUUGUUCAUUCAUGGUUAUGUCUGUGAUCUGGUGAUUUGUAACUUUGUAUCAAAUGUGUAUGGCAUUUAUUAUUUAUGUAUCAUUUAUUUAACUGGUGUCACAAAACAAAACUUGAUAUUUUUUUCAUGUGUUAUUGAACAGUUUUGCUCAGAUUUCAUUCGUUACCUUUUUUUUUUUUUUUUUUUUUUUUUUUGAACUUUCUCAGAAGUGAAACUGGUUGUUUUUAGUAGAAAAAUGGAUCCAUUUUCUCCAUCAGGUCUGGUCUUUCAAAUUAGGUACUUUGCAAGGUGGUUUAUAUACCUUACUUAAAUGGUUUGUUGUUUGACAGAAUGUUCUGCAAUCUAUUACAUUCAACAACAAUUUACCUGUACCUUUCUGUUUGUGAUGUUUAUGUUGUAUUGUUUUCUUUGUUAUGAACAGAGAAGUUUCUUGUAAUGUGUUACAUGGCAGUUAUGCGUAACUUUCAAUGUGUCUUAAUUUUCUUUUGUGAUAGUCAUUUGACAGAUGAAUGUCUUUUUCAGGGUUGUGUUGCACUGUGGAUACAGUUCAUUAUACUGUGGUAACUACUUAUUCAGAAUGUUCAAUGUACUCUAAAAUAUCAGGCUCAGGCUUUAAAAAAAGCCCACUGACUUUAACAUAUGUGUCUCUGACUCUGGUAAUUCUCAAGUUAUUUAUUUUUAAUCUAAUAGACAUCAUUUGGGGGGUACUGUUGAGACUGUGUACAUUGGUCCAAAUAUGAAGUAAUCAAAUUGUUUCAUCUGUACUCAAAUAGUUCCUAUGUCGUAAAUUAUCAUGUAAUAUCAGUUCCUUAAGCACCUCAUAGCUCGGUAUAGUUAUGCAAUUUUGUGGCAUAUAUCACUGUUCGUGCAUCUGUGUGUGGCUCAUUCUUGGAUAAUUUCACCUCAAAUAAUGUGUCUGGACUGAUGCUUGAAUUUUUUAAAUUCAGAUUGUGAACCUCAUUGAUAUUUAUGGAAUGACAUCUCUUGUUUUUGUUUUGAUUUUCAUUCUUUUUCUAAUUUGCCUUCCUGCCAAGAAAUCCUAUGUAGUUUUACAAACUUUGUUUUAACUUGGUCAGUAAAAAUUGUUGACUUCAAUAAUGAACUUCUGAACUUCCUGCCUCAUGUAAUUAUGAAGAUAAAAUCUUGUUAAUUCAGUACUCCUUUUAUGCAGAUCCAGAAUGCAUUGUCAGUUAAAAAAUUACCAUCUGGCUCGUUGCAUGGUCAUCAAAAAAGGGACUUGUCCUUAAUAUUUAUUAAUUUGAUAAUUAGUGUGUCCUGAUUACAUCCUCCCAUAUUAUUUUAGUUUUUGCAAGUUUUUUGUUUGUUGAGGUUAUUCUGUUUCUCCUCAUACAUCCUAGUAUUAAAUCACAGUUCAAAGAAGCAAGUGAUCGAUGUUGUGAGUAACUUUCUCUCUCUCUGCUGCCAUUGUUAAGUAUGUACACUGAGAAGUGUAAGAAAGCAUUUCCCAAAUACUCAUAGAGGGUGUUUGAUAUCAGCGCCAUAGCUUGUCAUGAUCAUGUGUAGGAAUUUUGUAUAUUGUAUACUUCUGUAUCUCUUUACUCAUAAGUUGUUGUUUCAUUUUACUGUUGUUCCCUUGUUUUGUCAUUAUUGUUGAUAUUGCAAGCCUAACUUAUUAUUACCGAUUAUUACGCAUGUGUAAUCAUGAAUUGUUAGCAUAUUAACUUGUCAAAUGUAUGUAUGUAUGUUUAUACUGUUUGGUUGGAUACGUGUGUGAUAUUGUGUAGCUGAUGGAUGGCAAUCAAAUGUAAUGAGUGAUAUAAAAACAAUCAACCAA